AAACCUGGUUUUGUGAGCCGUAAUACCAACAUCAUUACCUAUGGAUCAUUUAGCGACCAAGAGCCUGGCGCGUUUGACGAACUCUUAGUACACUAUGAAUUCCAACAGGCAAUUUUGACUGUUAAAGGUUUAAGGCGUGAUUUAGAAAUUAGUCAUUGGGGCGGAAAUUUGGCAGUUGAGGAACAUUUUAAUCUGACACACGAUGGAGCAAAAGAUGAGAUUGGCAAUGUAUCAACUUCACGAUUGAGAAAUGAACGAGACACAACGGUCUUAGAAUUUAGACCGAGAUACCCACUUUUUGGUGGUUGGAAUUAUACAUGGUAUUAUGGAUAUAAUGUUCCUCUUGGUGACUUUUUAAGGCACCAUAAGAGUGGUAGAUAUAUUUUGAAUAUACCCUUUGUUAAUCCAUUACAUAACGCGGCUUUCGAUCAUGUACAAGUUAGGAUAAUUCUACCCGAAGGAGCAAGGUAA